CGAAGAUAUUUUUGGUUAAGUUCGCCAGGAGUUCGUUAUCGUCAUCUAAAUUAAUUCACCUGAUCACAGCUGAUCACGAGAUUUUACAUGUGAACGAGUUGAGUUCAUCGAAAAAUUAUUACAAAUUUGUCGAUUUAAGCUUAGAUUUUAUGUGGAAAUGCUAAGCCAUCUAAUCAAGUUUGCUGUUGAGGGAGCCGCAGUGCACGAUUCUUCGAUUGCUAGUUCCUUUUACGUAGACUCAGAUGAUGACCCCGAGGAAAGCGACGAGCUUGUUUUUUGCAAGAAUAAUGUCUGUGUUCAUCUCUCUUCUUUAAAUGAUUCACAUACGCCAGGAUACUUCAGGAUUAAUUCUAAAACACAGCAAAGUGGACAUGUACGUUUACUGAUAACGUGGACACCAAAUUCUUUCCUCUGUGACAGCAACACGGAACUUAGUUUGGAGAACAGUGAUGAUUGUGAAUGUAAUAGCAGAUUGCUCACUUCAAGCAACCCUUUAGAGACAUUCAGAGUCGACCUGAGUGAAAUGAAAACUUUGAGGAUAUUUUAUAAUCAAGAGGAUCCCACUUGUGGCCAGCUAGUUAUCGGGAAUUUUGAAAAUCACUACAAGGUUUUUCACUUUCAUCGCGGGGGUCUUGAUCGUGUUACUGACAUUUUAGGUGAGUGGCACUGGUGUUCAUUAGUAAUCGAUCCAUUGGAUUACGAUGAACUUCGAAGAAAAACCUUUACAGUUGUGUCGAAAAAAAACCUGAAACAUGGAUUUCACCCAGAGGAAGGAAGAUUCGAUCCAAUGUCCACGCAAAAGUGGAGAACUUUCUUCAAUGACAGCGGUCAAAUCGAGGACGUCGCAAAUUUUCGGAAGGUGAGCUUGUCGGAUUUGUGCCUUGACAUGCAUAUAUAGAGGGGGACAUGGGGGUUUACGGUAUUGCGGUAUUGGACUUUUUUUCAUGUGGUAUUGCGGUAAUUUUAAUUUUAACGUGCGGUAUUGCGGUAUCAUCUAGAUCCAAGGUACGCGGUUUGUCAUCGUUUUGGCUGACGGUAUUCGGUGAAAUAAGAUUGUUCACGGUAUUAUGGUACCGUUUAUUUGCGCUGUCCUUUCGAUAGAGUACGCAAAACAAAACACAGUAAGACAUAAAGGUCAAUAAAAGUUAAUAUUUAGAAGUCUUAAGACAUAACGGCAAAUGAUUACACCAUUUGUGGGUCAUUUUGUGACAGUUAAUGGUCGACAAUAUACAAUGGGAUUGUUGUUGCAUCCAAUGAUGAAUGAGUCGUCUCAAGUUACCUUACCAGGCUUUUCAAUCUGUGUACCUGUGCCGGUAAUUCAAGGUCUUACACAUUUUUUCACAAUGGCUGAGGUCCCUGAGGUUGAAGACGGCAUGGUUAUUAUUGACUGUGUAGCAAUUUUUUAUGAAGAGGGCAAAGGAGGUGAACAUUAUCGCAACAAGAAUAAGUUGAGAUGUCGGGUUUUGAGAAUUGGAAAAACGCCUUGCAAAGUUAAAAGAGAAAAUUUGGUAAGUUUGCCUCUUACCAGCGUGGCGUGUGAGACAGUCGAGAUAGUUGACCCCUGAGAGACUGAUGUGCUAGACUAGACUCACUUAUCAAAACUCGCACUGGACGUGUGUGGAAAGGGUUUUGGUUGGUUUGUUUUUCACGAUUUCAAGAGUUAUUUUUAUUGGAGUUAAUUAGCUGUUCGGUCGACCUACCAAAAGGUUGAACGAAUGUAGUUUACUUUUCAGUGGAAAUUUGCAAACUACCAAAAUAUGUAAAAAACAUGGACAUCUGGUGCAUAAAUGCCUGAGAUAAUUAAACGCGCUAGAUGAAAGCAACCAUAAGUAUGUGGAACCGAUUAUAAAUGUGAUUAAAAUAUGUGGUAUCAGUAUUCAGGCGAUUUUCAAUGUGUUAUUUCGGUAUUUGCCAUUUUUUCAUACAGUAUUGCGGUAUUGGAUACCCUCCAAUGUCCCCCUCAUAUAUAUCUUAAUUAGCAUUUAAAAACUAUUUUGUAAAAUCCAGCAGAUAAUCCAACUGUAGCAUAAAUCGUGGAUUGUUAGCAAAAUUUAUUUUUUGGAUUUUUGAAUUUAUAACCAAAUUAAUGAAAACACUUUAUUGUAUUUAAAUACUCUUAGAAAUAAGUGCAAAGAGAGGAGAAGUCGUUACGUCACGUUUACCACCUUACAUCAGGCUGAACAUCAGUUGACAAUGGGAAAGAGAGCAGAAAGGACUAAACGCAACUUUCGGUGCGCAAUUAGCUGCUCUGCCAUUGGUCAAGCCAGUUGUUUGAUUUGCGCACGCCGUCGUCAACGGACGUUCCCAUUCUGUUACUAAAUCAGCCUAAUUAAGCCAUAAACUCAUCUGCGAAGUGUGGCUCACUGACAAAUGUUUUUUAUCUCGAAUUUUGCUCUCAUUUAUUUGAAGGUUCUGGCCCAGAUUGCCUCAUUGUUCUCUGUAAAAUACUUUUACUGCCGAGUGAUUCCAAAAUGGCCUCAAAAACACUCAACACAACACCAAUCAAGUUUCUUGCUUAAUUACGUCAUUACAUUGCAGACACCAAGAGAUAUAUACAUAGAAAUAUUGGCCCUUUGAGAUUGCAGGCCGCUAUGAUCCACGUGUGAUCCACAUGCUGCACGCCUUAGUACAUAUAAUGGUCCUCACCUCACGAGAACUAGAUUCUCUAGUUAGGGUCCCAGGAGGGGGGGGGGGUUACUUCCUUAUGAAAGUCUAAUGGGGAUGUGCUGCUGGAUGGGGUCACAUUUUCAUGGCUGCAUUGACUAUAAUGGGUCGCAUUUUCAAUAGAGUGACUAGAAUGGGGUCACACAUUUUCAGACUUUUCGGGGUAGGACAGUUCUUCUUAAUUACGGUUAGCCAACAUACCAGAAUGUUUGUACUGAAGAUGAAAAGUGAAGCAGCGUGCAAAGAAAAUAGUGUCCGAUAGCCUGGGACUAGUGGAUUUUGCUAUCGGGCUAGUGAAUACUGACGGACAAGUGAAGUUUUCUGAAGCAUUCAAAUUACACAAAUACUGUGAAAUCAAUUCUGCUCAUCCAAAAGUUUUUGGGGCAAGUUGAAAUGACAUUUUUUGUGUGGAGGUGUGUGUGGCCGAGUGAAUAACAUCGCAAACUCUGGAUCUGGAGGUCCAGGGCUCAAGCCUCGCCUGUCGUGUUGUUUCUUUAGACAAGGAACUUUACUCCACUUUGUCUCUCUUCACCCAGGUGUAUAAAUGGGCACCAGUGACAUACUGCUGAGGGGUAACCCUGCGAUGGACUAGCAUCCCGUCCAGGGGGAGUAGCAAUACUCCUAGGCUUGCUUUAUGCUAAGGAAACCAGGAUAAGCUCCAGCCGUUUGUGCCUUUGGCUCGUGUGCGUCAUUACCUUUACCUUUGAAAUGACGUUUGGGCCUACUAGUAGAUGCUAGCUCCAACUUGCCCAAAUGGCAAGCUGUAAAAAUGACUUUCUUUGCACCCUGUAAAGUGUUCUUCAGUCAAUCAAAAAAUGGGUCAAUUCAUAGAAAUAGAAAGUGACUAAGUUGGGAUCGCGAUAAUUACAUAUUUGCCCAACAGCGAUUAAGAUUGUGUCUAUAUUUGGCCACGGAAUAGACUGUAAUGGGUUGGGGGCUUUGAGAGGCCAGCAGCACAUACCCAGCAAAAUUUAACCCAAGUACCCCCCCCCCUUCAUGGUUAGGGUCCAGUCAGGUGAGUGUUCGAACAAAGAUUUGUAAAGUUUGUUUCAUUAAUACUUGAAAUAUGUGAAUCACAGUACCUCGCAGCAAGGGAUGAGGCUUCAAGAAUUUAUUUAUCAUUUUGAUCUUCAAGAAUCACUUGUAGCUAUUUUGCAGAAUGUCAAAUGACUGAAGUUUGUUGAUUAGGGCUAGCUGAAAACUUCAAGUAAAAAUAUGAAUUUCUAGUUCUCUGUUUCCUUUAUUAGUAAUUACCAAAUCAGUGAAUAGAGCUUUUUGCACGUUUUGAUGGGCUCCCGUAAAUUUGAAUAUCGUUGGCUAUUCAUUGUUUUACAACUGGAGCCAAGAUGACAUCUCGUUUCAAGACAUUUUCGAAGACGAAAUUUGAAUGAUAAAUGAAGCAGUCGUACAGAAAACUGCCAAGAAAGCGACAAACUUUGGCUUAUCAGUGUUUACUGGUAUGUAGAAAAUUAUUUUCAUGCUGAAUUUGCAACAAAAUCGUAAAACUGCACGUGACAAAAUCCCCAAAAUGUUACAAAGAGUUACUUUUAUUAUUUUUAUCCAACUGAUUUGGUAAAUACUAAAAAAAAACUAUCUGCCCUCAGGGUUGGUGAACAGCGCUAGAUACAUACUUUGAGGCUUCGCUUCUCGGUUUAUAACUACCACUAUUCACCUCCCACUCUACUGGCAGGCAGUUCCCAAAUGGAGAGUUCUCCUGUAGCUAGCAGAUCCUUAAUGUUUGGAUUAUUAAUUGUUAUUCAUUGCAUGUGGUUUUCUGAUCAGUACAGUUUAAUAUGCCAUACCCCCUUAAUUUCUCCAGUACCUUUGUUUUCAUAAGAUGGGCUCUGAAGCUCCUCAAAAUCCUGGUGUUAACACUACUGUAGUUUCCAUUAAAUGAUCUACUUGUUACCAAAUCGGCUGCUGUUUAUGUAUUUUUCCAACUAAUUUGCAGGCCACGUUCUUUGGUGGUUUGAGUCCUGAAGUCAGAGGAGAAGCGUGGAAAUUCCUGUUACAGUACUUUCCCUUUAGUUCCACAACUCGGCAUAGAGAAGUGCUUCGAAAGGCAAAAGAAGAAGAGUACAUGAAAAUAGAUCACAUGAGGUGAAGCGAGUUUAAAAUUAUAUUAACUUGAAACUCCAAUUCCUGAACUGCCUCGCAUAUCUUCUCAAGUUGAUGGCGUUUUUUAGCUGCAGGGAGAGCAGACAUUUUGGAAACUUAUUUGGGUGACAUCCUCUUCCACCUCUACAGUGGGAGUGCAUCUGACUUAGAAAACAAUGUCUGCUCCCGUACUGCUGAAAAUAGUGUGACCUCAUAAACACAAACAAACCUUAUCAGUGUAUGCUUUCUGCAGUACUUGUUGUUUAAUAUGUUGCUGUAAAACUGACUUUCUUUGCAACCUUUUGUUAUCAUUUGUAUACCUGAGUGCAGCCAGUACUGUAGUGCCUUAUGAUGUACAGUUAACCCUUUAAGUCCUAAUGGUGACCAACAUCAAUUUUCUCCUAACAAUAUCUAUACAUUGUCAAGAGAUUAGGUUAUGAGAAUUAAUAAAAUGAUCAACUAAGAAAAAAUGGUUUGAUCUUUUAUCAAAUUCUGCCAACUCAUUCUUUAAGGAAAUACAGAGAGGUCAGUUUGGAGAAUUUGUAUGUAGAUAUUGUGCCUUACAGGGUUAAAGCACUCCUAAACAUUUUUCACAGGAAGUGGUCACUUAUAAAAAUUCAGAACAAUUUUGCUUCGACUAUUAAAAAAGGACACAUUUGCAUUUUGGAAAGGUGAUCUCCAUGAGAGGGUCUGAGUUUGAAGUAACUGCAGGUGGUCAUGGGUGAACAGCUAUUCACAGGGGCAGAUCCAGGAUUUUUUUUAGGAGGGGGUGCACUCGUCUCUUGCUCUACUUCAAUACCAAUAAACCACAUAGUUUUUUGUUUUUUGCAGAAUACCAGUUGUAUUAGAAAACUGCGGGUCAUCUCAGGGGGGGGUUGCGCACCCCCUGCACCCUCCCCCUUGAUCUGCCCCUGUAUUCAUAAGACAAGAUUGUGUUACCAGUACCUGUUGCUGUGUUUACAAAAGUUGUUAUUUAUAUUAUUUGCUUUGUAGACAAAACAAAAGUGAAGAAGAACAACACCAAUUUUGGAAGGCUGUCCAGUGUACUGUUGAUAAAGAUGUUGUGCGCACUGACAGAUCGCAUCCUUACUUCUCAGGGGACAAUAAUCCCAAUGUGGCCAUAAUGAGGUAUUAAUAUUGCUCAAAAUCCAUUUUCUCCUAAUGAUAUCCAUACAUUGUCAACAGAUAAGUUAUGAGAAUUAAUAAAAUGAUCACCUAAGUAAAAAUACUUUGAGCUUUUAACAAAUUCUCUCAACUCAUUCUUUAAGGAAAUGUAUAGAGAUCAGUCUGGAGAAUUUGUAUGUAGAUUCUGGCACUUAAAGGGUUAAGUAAGAACUGUCUGGGGCUAAGACUUUGAGGUCAUGGGCCAGUACACAGUAAAAAUGAACAAUGUUGCAAGAAGUCAUAUUUGCACUAUUUUUCAUGACAAGACCAACAACAUUCAAUCAGCAAGCAUUUGAAUUUAUUGGAGUCUUAACAGACUCAGGCACUUUCAAAGCAUUGCCUUUAAGAAGAAUGAUAGAUUCAGAAAUGAAAAGUAACUGACUCAAAAUACUAUACACCAAUUAAAACCCUGGGCUGCACUGAGAAGAGAAAUAAUGAGAAUUUUAACAGUGGGUUUGAUUGAUUUUGCUGCAGUUAUUGUAACUAAAUGAUAAAUAAAAUUCAGUUUUAAGCGGUUUUUUUACUUUGAAAUUGCGUGUAUAUGUUUCUGAUUUAUGAUCUUGAACACAAGACUAAAGGUGCUGCCCCACUAUUAAAUCAAGCAGUCAGCUGGCCAUUCCCUAUGGUUUGACAAUAAAAGACUUGGAAUUAAUUGAUUUCAUUGUUAUCUUGUCUCUGACAGGAAUAUUCUUUUAAAUUAUGCUACAUACAAUUAUGUAGUUGGCUACAAUCAGGGCAUGUCUGAUCUCUUGGCAUCUGUACUAGCAAUAGUACAAGAUGAAGUUGAUGCUUUCUGGUGUUUUGUCAGUUUAAUGGAAGGAAGUGUGUUUGUGACAUCACCAAAGGAUGAUGUUAUGGAUCGACAGCUGGUAGGUUCACAGGGGUACACAGCUUUUGAAAUAAGCACAGAAUACAGGCAAACAGUUCAUAAGCAGGUGUGCCAGAAUGUUUUUUAGUGGUUCCUUACAAGAGUAAAGCCACAGGGGUGUCUUUUAGAAACAAGUCUGUUGAACUCAGUAGACUGUCAGUGGCAGAUCCAGACCUUCAGAUAAGGGGAGGCCCGCUCAACCAGGCCCUGAGAUAAGGGGGGGGGAGGGGAAGUCUCAAAAAGAAUUUUUUCAGCCCCUGGGACCUCAGUUUGGUCUAAAAAUAAGGGGAGCUGGGCCCCUCUCCUGGAUCCGCCACUGUCAUUAGUAGAUGUCCGUAGAAAAUGUAUUGAACUGGUACGAGUGUACAUGUUGUCAAUAGCAAAGCCUCAACAUUACGCGCAUUCUUAGGAAACGUGUAGAGAAAGGUAACUGCGACCUCUUUACGGUCACAAAGGACAAGUAUUGGGGAUUUCUGAAAAUUUACUUACUUAGGCCCUAAUUGUAUGGAGAAAAGUUGUCCGUCCCGGCCAAAUCAACUUUAGCGAAUGUUUAUAUGAGAAAAAGAAAACAAAACCGAACUUCGUUAUAUCAUCUUUACACAGUGCUCCACCUCCUUUGUCAAAUAUUCACGUUUGUGAUGAGAGAGCACUGGCUUCACCAAGAGUGGGUAACAUUGGAGUUCUCUUCGGCGUAUCUUUGAGUAUGAGUUCCUGGCAGUAAUGUGCUAAUUGGCAUUCUGUCAUCCCCGUAAAAUUAGGCUCAUUCGUAGACAUCUCACCUUUGAUGCAGCCCAGCUUCUUGUUCAAGCUUUUGUUAUAUCAAAGCUUGACUACUGUAAUUCAUUACUACAUUGUUUACCUAAGCACGUGAUUAAACAGCUCCAACGUGUGCAGAAUGCAGCUGCUCGUGUUGUUACUCUUUCACCCAAGUUCUGUCAUAUUACACCUGUUCUUGCGAAUCUCCACUUGCUGCUGAUUGAUCUUCGGAUUAAAUGUAAAAUAGUUACUGUUACUUGCAAGAUUCCCCAUGGACUUGCUCUUGUUUAUAUUAAAGGUCUUCUUCAAAGUUACCUCCCUGCAGGGGAUCUUGCUGUACCUGCUUUUAUAACGUAAACAGUUAUGGCCGUCAUUCUUUUUCUGUUUCUGCACUACUUCUUUGGAACUGUCUUCCUCAGCAUACUAGCAAUGCUGGAUCACUGGACAUUAAAUUAGAUCCACCAUCCCUAACAUGCUGAGGAAGUACAGUUGAAAACUGCUCCUUUUAGACUCACUUUUUUAAAUUGAUGACUUGACUGUGGUGUUUUUAUAUCUUAAGUUAUUUUGUCUUUAGUUUUUGUAGUUUUUAAGCUUUAACUUUUACUGUAUUUUUAAGUUUUUUAAACUUAUAAAUAGCACCUUCGGCCCCUGGGAAAGGGCGCUCUAUUAUUAUUACCAUCAUCAUCAUUAUAUUUAUCAUUAUGUAAAAAAGUUACCCUCUUUGCCCGAGCCAGCCAAUAGCUGACAUCAGAGCUCAUGCAUGCUCUGAUUGUUUCGCCUCGUUCGAGUUGACCCCGGAUGGUUGAACCAGCCAGUGUUAAAAUGAAUAUUAGUUGGGCUUACUGGGAGGAUGACGCUUUCAUGGGAAAAGGGUGACCCAGCAAGGAGGAUCACCCUACUAGCCGGGCCAACUUUUUGUUUCUCGUGUAAACAGUUUGCCACGUUUGUAAGGAAAUAUAGGAAAAGUUGGCUUCCUUAGGUUAGCUCAGGUUGGCGAGAGACAAAUUUUCUCCAUGUAAACAAGGCUUUCCUUUAUGUUCUUAAUUACAUUUUGACUUUUUUUCAGACGUAUUUUCGUGAGUUACUUCGCAUGCUGGAACCGGAUUUCUACGCGCACCUGCUGCUCCAAGACGCCGCUAUGGACAUGCUGUUUUGCCAUCGAUGGCUUCUUCUCUCAUUCAAACGAGAAUUCUUUAACGAAGAAGUGUUAAAAAUGUGGGAAGCAUGUUGGUCUCGCUAUCAAACUGACUAUUUCCAUAUCUUCUUGUGUGUUGCCAUGGUGCAAGUGUAUGGCAAAGUAAUUGUGGAGAUGGACAUGCAAGCUGACGAUAUUUUGCAGUAUUUUACAGAUCUAUCAAUGAAAAUGGACGGGACGAAAGUCCUGCGAAUUGCUCGUCAGCUUCUGUUGAAAUUCCGCCAGUUGCCUGGGAUACCGUGUUCCCUUCGGGGACUUCUGUCUGGACCAGGGAUCUGGGACAGUGCUCCUUUACCUGUUAUUCAGUGUAGCUGCCACAAUAGAUGCUUGUACUUGUUUGGCGAUAAAUCGGAACAAGAACUUGAGGAAAGAGAACUAGUUUCAGGGAAUGAACAACAAGUGUCUGUGGAGGCAGAGGAACAACCUGAACAACUAGUUCGUGACAACGAUAAAGUAGAGGAAGUUUCUGUAGAGUCACAGAAUCAAGUUCAUGUACGCCAAAGGGACGAUACAUCACAGUUAGAAUCGUGUGACCAAGACAAUAGCAAUUCCGGUUACAAUGGAUCCAUUAUAGCACGGAGAGAGGAAGACAUUAAUUUAACGCGUGGUGUUGCCGAAGGUGCUGAUUCAAACGCUGAUCAAAACCAGUUUGAAGAGCCGACUCCUGAGGAAGAGAAAGAAGAAAUUAGCAGUCCAUGACCAAUCGUGCCAUACUACCGGUUCUCGAGAACGCCAAUAACACUUCCGACCCUUAGUUAUGGUUUGUUUUUUUAGCUCAUAUUUCUGCCUGGAAUAGAUAGUCGACUUUUCCUUUAUUUCUUGGCUUUUAAAAUCAUUGGUUAAAAGCCUCUUAACAUAUCGGAAAACUUGCUCAGGACAUGCGACGGAAUUACCCCCCGAUUCGUUCCCUUUUCAUUCGAUUCGUUUGUCUUGGUUGUAGCUGUCAGCUAUACAGCUUAUUCGAGAAAGGCAGACGGACUUUGACUUGAGGAAACCAAAAGAGUACGCGCUAUUAUGAAAGGUAUCCUGAGCUGUGGUCCGUCCACCAUUGAUUGAGCUCUUCAGAGGAGGAAAAGAUAGAGGAAAGGAAAAAAUAUACCAUAAACAAGAUCAAAGGUUUGCAAUCUAGAUACGUCGCGGGUGUGAAAAUUUAUUCUGGCGGGUCGUGUAGACUUUUGGCUUUUAUAUGACAGCCUUUCUUGAAUCAGCGGUUUAUAUCACUCAACAGAACACGUCGACUGAAUUUUAGUCAAAGCGCAAGAGGACAGUAUCGAUUAUUUUGUGAAAAACCCAACCUUACUAUCAUUUCUAUAUAUCCAAUAUCCUACGGUUUUUGUCACGAAUAUGGAAUCUCGGUAUUUUCUAACCCUUUGUCACAUUGUUCACCAAACUGACCCUCCCCCCCUCUUAGAGGGUGUGGUCUGUAGUUCCUAAUGGCGACUGUCAUUCGUUCCCAGUCGCUCCUGGGCCUGUAAAACUGGUUGAGAUUUAGAAUUUUAGAAAUAGUCUGCAAGAGCCAGCUGGGCUGUUACUUAAUUAGAGGUCUUAAGACUCGAUAUCUUUUUCACCGCGUGGAACGUGAUGACAGUUAAAAUACAUGUAAUAAU